AUGCUCCUUUCUCGCAACUAUAUCUAUCACCCUUCUUCCGCUCCUUCGUAUUGGUCCAUUUCUCCUACAUCUCUCCGGUUUCAUAUUUACUCCAAAGGAGCUGUUCUACUGGCUCGUGCGGGGUAUACGGCCGUCGAGGCGGCAGCGCGCGAGGAGAAGCGCCGGCGGCUGGCGGAGGCGAGCCGGGCGCGGCGCGAGCAGCAGGAGGCCGAGGAGGAGGCGGCGCGGCGCAAGAGGCUGGGCCUGCCGCCGCUCGUCAAGGCGUCGGAGGAGGACGCGCUGGAGCUGGAGGAGGGCGCGGAGGACGUGCCGGAGGCGGAGCUGCGGGGAAAGCUUAGGGAUCUCGGGGCGCCGGCUGUGCUGUUUGGCGAGGGCCACGGCGCGAGGCUGCGGCGGUACAGGCGGCUCACGACGGUGGUCACCAAGGGUCCCGUGCCGACGACGCUGGAGCUCGUCGAGGAGAAGGACAUGAAGGUGCAGGGCGGGGCACCCAAGGACAAGGAGGCGCGAAAAUGGGUGUUCAGGCAGCUGGCGAGCUACUUCACAAUGGUCUUGACGGAGUAUCAGCGGGCCAUGGAGGCGGAGAGGAGCGAUACUACGGCGAGCAAGGCGGCGUACGCGACCAUGGUGCAGAGUCGCGAGAACAUGAAGCCGCUUUUCCGACGGUUCGAAAAGGGCGACGUCGAUGACGACCUCCUGGCGCCCAUCAUAGAGAUUGUGCAGGCGGCACAGGAGAGGCGGUACGUCGACGCCAACGACGGAUACCUGCGACUGUCUAUCGGCAAGGCGGCGUGGCCUAUCGGCGUGACCAUGGUGGGCAUUCACGAGCGCAGCGCGCGCGAGAAGCUGCACAACGUCGAGCGAGGGCAUGUCAUGGGUGAUGAGGCGCACAGGUGCUUUGCCCCCCGGGGCUCUUAA